GCAAAAGGUCCAAAAGCCUUUGCACCUCUCGUCUGACUCCGACCCUCCGCCGUUCUCCUGAACGAACGUGUUACUAACCAUACAGCUUCGCCUGCCCGGCGUGGAGGAGCCGCCGCGAUGGCUCCAGAGAUUGAAAAUUGGGACGAUGACGCAGACUUCCAGGGCGACAUCAACUUUGGCACUUCAACCGGCGCACACUCGACGGGCUUCUCGUCCCGCCGCUCUGUGAGCGCACGCUCAGAGUCGAAUGCUGCCGAUGAAGACUGGCACGUUCUUAUCACCCCAAGCGACGACGAGGCGACGUCCAAGGCGAUAGCCUCCGCCAAACAAGUUGGCAUCCCCAUUCCCCAGAAUGUGCCUCCUUCCGCCCUGCUGGGCGGAGCGAUCAAGCGAUUAGGAAAGCAGAGAACCCCCGCCAAAAGGAACGUCGCGGACGACUGGGGCGACGACUUCGACCUCGGGGGCAGCCACGAGGUCGGGCUCAAGCUCAAGGUGGGCUUGGGGAAGGAAGGCCCAGUCACGCCGGCCGCGAACACCAACGCCGCCUGCAUCGACGACGAUUUCGACAGCGAGUGGGCGGAAGGAAGCCUUGGCAUCAGGUUCGGAGGCACGCGACGCGACACACGUGGUCGCUCUUCCUCCGUCUCUGCCAUGAGUCCCAGCAUGGGCAGUUGCACGAGCAUGACUGGGGAAAGCGAGGAUGACGAGCUUGGCGGUCUCGUGUUCCCCGACGAGCCACUUGAUUUCAAAGCGAGGCUCGAGCAGCGGAAGCAGCAGGACAGCGAUUUCGAGGACAGGUUCGAUCCACCCUUGAAUGUGCCAGCCAAGCGCAUUCGGCCCGGCGAGGACGACGACGACAUGCUCUCGGGCCUGGAACUAGGCGGCGUUGAUAUCAUCGAGCACUCUAAGAAGCGCAACCUGAAUCGCAACGUCAAGAUCGAGCUUCCAAAAACCCGGACGUCCUCCUCGCGCUCGUCUGUUACGACCAUAACCUUCACUGACAAGUCUUCCACGUCCCGGAUCCCGCGGCCGACAAGCACAGCCUCCAAGCAUUCCCAAUUGGCACCUGUUUACGAGACUGGCAACGGCCAGUCCUCACAGUCUACAAAGCAACCUUACCUCCAACGCACAAGCCGGCCUGCUCCAACCACGACGAGUGCUCAGCUGCUGCGACAAAAACGCUCUGCACCGGUCCUCGGCCGGCCAACUGCCGGUCUGAGCAAUAGACAGUCUGUGCCGUUUCUUCCUGCUGGUGCUGCUUCAGGUCAGUCGCAUAACGUCAAUGCUCGAAUUAGCCACCAACGUCAGGUUUCUGACCACCAUGAACGUCCUAUGUCGCCUCCGGCUCGAUCCUUUUCUCGCAUGAGUGUGGCAGAGCAACAGCGUGCUACACCAAGUAGAACGAGUCAGCGUCGCGAUGCUCAUAUUGCCCCACCUCAUCUUGCUCGUGUCGCCGUUAGCAACCAGCGACUGAGGGUGCAAAUCAAGCGAGAGUACGGGAAAGGCGAUGAACUCGACGCUUUCGAUGAUCUUCCGACCUCAGCGGCAAAGGAAAGCAAAUUCAUGAAGGAACCAAAGGCCUAUGGCCCCGCCACGCUCCGGCGGAAGGACAGUCGGACGAACCUGAAGAUGCAAAUGCCAGAAAGAUCCGCAACUGCGACUCCGGGGUCGGCGACGACUCCCGCUUCUUCAACUGUGCCUUCGACUCCAGGUGCACCGGCGACGCCGAAAUCAUACUUCGUUCCUCGGCAGGACAAUACCCCACGCUUUGCUCGAGACACUGCAGCGAGCCGCAACGCACGUGAGCAGAGACUCAGCCAACUGUCUACAGCAUCCCAACCGAGCUUACGACGAACGGAUGGGCCCGUCAUGCCUUCACACAUCAAUUGGAAGGCUCAAGUUGCUGCUCGCAGCCCACACAACAGUCCUACUGCGACUAGAAAGAAGAGCUCGAAGGACAUUAAAAAGAAUUUCAUUCCUUUAUCGAUGGCGCCUCCAGUUAAGAAUGAGAAAGGAAUGGUCUAUAAUGCUGCCAAGCAGCGAUGGGAGGGCAAUGAGAACAUGGUGUAUAAUUUCCCCGAUAAUCCUUCGACGUCAACGCUCCCACUGCAGCCAACACAUGGCAUAAAUCAUUCUCACCAUCACCAUACAAACAGCAUUCCAAGCAGCAUAGCCCUUGGCCAUCGAGAACCAAAUACACUUCCACGACACGGCAGUCCCCCGCGACCAGCGUUGAUCGCCAAUGUCAACCAGAACCGCGGACCACGCAUAGAACGCGGCAUGGUCUUCGACCCAGAAAAGCACAAAUGGCUCAAAGUUGAUCCUCGGCAAUUGGAUCGGCAUGAUAAGCCUCUCACACCCGGAUCCGUCUCCAUUGAAGAAGAUGACGAUCCAUUUGCUGGCAUUGAAGAUCUGCCGGACGAGCGCAGCAAGAUCACACCUGGAAUGGGCGGUAUAAAUAAAGAAAACAAUGUCAUGGACGAUGACUGGAACCUCGGCGAGGAAUUUGAUCUAGGUCAACGAUUCAUCAAGCGUCAGCGGAUCGAAGAAGUCGAGUGGAGAAAGUGGACAGAGAAAUGGUUCAUCAAUGGCGAAGCGCGGCCGAACGACGGUGACAGCUGGAAAUGGGAGAUCAGACGAGUAGCGGAGCGAUAUCAGAACGAGGGCUUCUCAUGAUGAUCCCUCUAGCCCGCUAACACAAAUUUUCCAGAGGGGAAGUUAAGCAUUUUCGAGCGUUGUCUCUUGUGUUUAUAUGAUUAUGGCAUUUCUGCGGAGUUUUUAACCCUCAUGAUGAUCAUGACUUGAUCUAAGGCGGGGUGGCUACACUCUGUACGAAUUUCUCUGUGCGAAUGCGAUGAGCAUAAGGUCACGAUUGAUGAAGAUGACAUUUGGGAUUUCACGAUAUGAAAUAGAGCUUUAUAAUGGUACUUUGAAAUUAUCCUUCGCA